AUGAAAAGGCCAUUGUCAGGAGAAGUUGCAGCUUGGCCCGGUGGGAAAAGGGGCCCUAACAGGCUUUUUUUUUUCCGCCCCCCAAAACGGGCCGAGGAUGCUUUGGUCAUCUUGGGGGGUGGAGGACUUCCCUUUGCUUCCUACCUGACAGCCAUGGGGGAUGAGCAUUUCUAUGCUGAACACUUGAUGCCAGCUCUGCAGAGGCUGCUGGACCCAGAGUCAGCCCACAGACUGGCUGUUCAGUUUACUUCCCUGGGACUCCUUCCUCGACUUCAAGACUCUGACAUGCUGGAAGUGAGAGUUCUGGGUCAUAAAUUCCAAAAUCCAGUAGGAAUUGCGGCAGGAUGUGACAAACACGGGGAAGCUGUGGAUGGACUUUAUAAGAUGGGCUUUGGAUUUGCUGAGAAUGGAAGUGUGACUCCAAAACCUCAGGAAGGAAACCCCAGACCCAGACUCUUCUGCCUCCUCAAGGACCAAGCCGUCAUUAACAGAUACGGAUUUAACAGUCAGGGGCUGUCAGUGGUAGAACACAGGUUACGGGCCAGACAGCAGAAGCAGGCCAGGCUCACGGAAGAUGGGCUGCCACUGGGAAUAAACCUGGGGAAGAAUAAGACUUUGGCGGAUGCAGCCGCAGACUAUGCGGUGGGCGUCCAGGUGCUGGGCCCCCUGGCCGACUACCUGGUGGGGAACGUAUCCAGCCCCAACACGGCUGGGCUGUGGGGCCUUCAGGGAAAGGCCGAGCCGCGCUGCCUGCUGACCAAGGUGCUCCAGGAAAGGGAGGCCUUGCAGAGAGCAUGGAAGCUGGCAGUGCUGGUGAAGAUUGCCCCUGACCUCACAGCCCAGGACAAGGAGGACAUUGCUAGCGUGGUGAGAGAGUUGGGCAUUCACGGAUUGAUUGUCACGAACACCACAGUGAGCCACCCCGCCAGCCUCCAGGGUACCCUCUGCUCUGAAAUGGGAGGGCUGAGCGGGAAGCCCCUCCGGGAUUUAUCCAUUCAAACCAUUUGGGAGAUGUACACACUCACCCAAGGUAGAGUUCCCGUAAUUGGAGUCGGCGGAGUCAGCAGGAGGCAGGAUGCACUGAAGAAGAUCCGGGCGGGGGCCCCCCUGGUGCAGCUGUAUACAGCGCUCACCUACCAGGGGCCGCCCAUGGAGCAGGAGCUGGAGGCCCUUUUGAACUGA